AUGGGGCGAAGGCACGGCGUGCCCGCUGACCAGGGAAGGCCCACACAAGCGCGGGUGUCGGUCAACAUCUUCUUCACAACCAGCGCGGACCAAUCCUCCCGUCCGGUGAGUGUCAACCACCGGGCAGGUUCCGGAUAUCAGGCGACCGGCAAAGGCCGCGGCGGAAAGGGAUACGCCAAGGGACGACAGGAGGACGGGCGGCCCAAGCCCGCCUCUGAACGUCGGAACCGUUGGAACCAACCGCGGCGUGAGUGA